GACUUCCUCCCGGAAUCCCGUUGGCCAUGAUAGCGGGGCCGUGGGUGACACGUAAGUUGGGUGGGAGGUGGCGGACCGCUGGAGCUGCCAGAUCAGUGACACCGGCCCACCGGCCCCCACCUAACCCGACCAGAGCAACCUGUCCCCAUCUCUACACCAUCCCAGGAGGACCUUGCGCGGGGACGCCGCGGGGAGCCAGGUCCCUUUGUUGGGCGCGCGUCCCCUACCAGUGGUAGCGACAAAGUCCAGCCAAGGGAGCCGGCGCGAGGGGCGGGGACAGUCGGUGGGGACGGCGAGGCCAAAAAGUGUGGAGGAAGGAAAGCCGGGUAGGCGGUGCGUGGGGACCGGCGGCAAGGGCAGCGGACUCUGAAGUAUGCAAAGGGACCCCACGCGGGCCCAGCCACUCGCGGAGAUCCGACGUCAAAGAAGUUUGGUUGCCGCUGCUCGGGUGGCGUCGAUGGCCUGGCGCACCGCCGCGCGCGGGGGCUGAGCGGCCGCCUCUUCCCCUCCGGCCCCGCUUUUGUGUCUUGCGUCUUCUGCUCAUGCCGAAUCCGGCUACUUCCCGCGGUGGCCGCUGCUGAGCCGCCCGACUCAGCCGAGGACCGAGGACACGACGGCGCCCGCCGCCGCCGCAGCGCGGGGCGCAGGAGGGACUAUGGGAAACGGGAUGUGCUCCCGAAAGCAGAAGCGGAUCUUCCAGACGCUGCUGCUACUCACGGUGGUCUUCGGCUUCCUCUAUGGUGCGAUGCUCUACUUGGAACUGCAGACCCAGCUGCGCAAAGCCGAGGCAGUGGCGCUCAAGUACCAGCAGCACCAGGACUCACUCUCUGCCCAAUUGCAAGUUGUAUAUGAACACAGAUCAAGACUAGAGAAAUCUUUGCAAAAGGAGAGGCUUGAGCACAAGAAAGCAAAGGAAGAUUUCCUUGUUUAUAAGUUAGAAGCACAAGAGACACUGAACAAAGGAAGGCAAGAUUCCAAUAGCAGAUACAGUGCACUGAAUGUCCAGCAUCAGAUGCUGAAAAGCCAGCAUGAGGAGCUGAAGAAGCAGCACAGUGAUUUGGAAGAGGAACACCGUAAGCAAGGGGAAGACUUCAGCAGAACAUUCAAUGACCACAAGCAGAGAUACCUACAGCUUCAGCAAGAAAAGGAACAAGAACUUUCUAAGCUGAAAGAAACUGUCUAUAAUCUGAGAGAAGAGAAUAAACAACUAAGAAAAGCGCACCAAGACAUUCACACUCAGCUUCAAGAUGUCAAGCAACAGCAUAAGAAUUUACUCUCCGAGCAUGAACGGCUUGUAGUGACUCUGGAAGACCACAAGAGUGCACUGGCUGCUGCACAGACUCAAGUCGCAGAAUAUAAACAGCUGAAAGACACUCUGAACAGGAUCCCAAGUUUGCGAAAUCCUGAGCGAUCAGAGCAGCGGAAUGUUUCCUUUUCCCAAGGUUACAACGUGAGAGAGAAGCCAACAGGAGAGCUAAGAGAGGUGUCUCUAAAUAACGAAGUGUGGCAGAACCAGGAGGCAGUGCCAAAAAAGAAGGUAGAGAAACCUUUCUCGUCUGUGCCGAAGGAAACAGGCUUUCAGGCUCCGGCAGAGCAGAACCAAGUGGAACCCAGAGAGCCUGAGGAGCGUCAGGUGGAAGAGGAACACAGAAAGGCACUGGAAGAGGAGGAGAUGGAGCAGGUUGGGCAGGCAGAGCGUCUAGAGGAGGAACAUGACCCCUCUCCAGAGGAGCAGGAUCGGGAGUGGCGAGAUCAGCGGGGACAGGAUGCCGCCCACCUUCUGGAUGGCCGCCCUCAAGCUGAGGUGAACCAUCCCACCAAGGCAGUGACAAAUUUCCGGUCCCCCUAUGAGGAACAGCUGGAACAGCAGAGACUGGCAGCCAGGAGGGAUGAGGAAGCCCAGAGACUGAGAGAGCACCAGGAAGCUUUGCACCAACAGAGGCUGCGGGACCACUUGCUACGCCAACAGCAGCAGGAGCAGCUCCUGGCCAGGGAGGAGGCUCUGCAAAAGCAGGCAGAGCAUGGGGAUCCGCAGCACCCAGAGCAGCUACGGCAGCAAGUUAAUUACAAUGCUGUGGAGAAUGACAUCGUGCAGGGAGCUGAGGACCGGGGAAUCCACGAAGAAGAGGGAGGAGCCUAUGAAAGAGAUAACCAACGCCAAGAUGAAGCGGAAGGAGAUCCAGGCAACAGGCAGGAACCUCAUGAGCCAGGACCCCAAGAAGCUGACCCAGAAGCUGAGGCAGAUACGGCAGCUGUGGAGGAUAUCAACCCAGCAGAUGACCCCAACAAUCAAGGGGAGGAUGAAUUUGAGGAAGCUGAGCAAGUGAGAGAAGAAAACCUGCCAGAGGAAAGUGAAGAGCAAAGACCAAGGGAGCCCAAGCGAGAGAAUGCAGAAAUGGAUGAGCACUUGGUGAUGGCAGGGAAUCCAGACCAGCAGGAGGAUAAUGUUGAUGAGCAGUAUCAAGAAGAAGGAGAGGAAGAGGUUCAGGAAGAUCUGACUGAAGAGAAGAAACGGGAAUUGGAGCACAAUGCUGAAGAGACCUAUGGUGAAAACGCUGAUGAUAAAAAUAAUGAUGGCGAAGAACCAGGAGCUCCAGAUGGUGCCCAUUCCAGAGGAAGAGAGGAGCAUUAUGAGGAGGAGGAAGAUGAGGAAGAAGAGGGGGCCGCUAUCGCUGAGAAAUCACAUCGGAGAGCCGAAAUGUAGCCGGACCCAAUUUCUAGACUACGCUCAGCCAUCCAUUUUUUUUUUCAAGCUGCUCUAAAACAAGUCCCGCCUACUGAAUUCUAGAAUAUUUAAUUACAAACAAAAAGUAAGGGUUUAGACUUUUUUAACUUUUAUAUUAGAAAUGCUAUACAUUUAUAUGAAUAUAUUUUGAUAACUUAGAACUUCUUUUAUAGUCAAGUUAAAUGUGGAGAAGAAGAAAAACAAUAAGACAUGCCUUCAGGUCUGAAUCUCACUCCUCAGAGACGGUGUGAUUUUGGAAAGUGCUUGGCUUUGGUGUAUGUCUCAGCUAGUUACUUUUUUGUUUUCUGGCUUCCAGGGAGUCUACCGUUUAUAUUGGGUAAAAGGCAGGAUUGGAUUUAGAAACAAGGUGUACUGAAAAACACUGUGCAAAUGUCAAGGGAAUGACCGGUAGCCUAGUAGCUAUUCCUGCAGGUUCUUAGCUACGGCUCUGAUAGGAUGUCACUGCUACAGGCUGUCUGGAAAUGAGAUCCAUCUGCACCUUUGACGUGUAAUCGGAAAGCUUUUUGUGUGUGUGUGGCAGAGCAAAGGCAUUGUGUUUUCAAACUUUCAGGUCAGUUGGCAAUGCUGAAAGAUCACAGCUGCCAUGAUCGUGAGGAAUCAACUAUGAAAAUAGAAUAAUAUUAAUACCCCUAGGAAAGUAUCUUGGACUUAGUCUUCGGUUAUAGAGGCCAAACAAGGGCUGACCCACUUAGAAACUGAUCGAGUCUGUGUGAAGUUGCUUCCUGGGUGACCUCCAAGACUCCAUUAUUUCUUAUCUAAAGUCUCUUAAUUGUAUUCUCCUUGGGAUCCAGUUUCUACAGCACAUAUUUCUCUCUUAAGCUCUGUGCCUUGGUAUGUAACUAUUUGGAUCACAGCUAUCGAUAUGAACGCAUGCAAUGCUACAGUUUAAUAAGAUUAUUUUUCAGAACUAUAUAGUGAAAUAUCUAUAGCACUAUGAUAAGAACUGCACCCUUAGUGGCUUUACUGUUUACUCAGAACUGACCUGCCUUUGCCUAUAUAUAAGGCAUUUUAAUGGCUGUGAGUAAUAAUACAUCCCUUAGGAGAAAAUUCAAAGUGGAAAUGUUUCCCAUAAAUGAGCACAUAUUUCAGCUUGGAUCAUCAAUAUGGUUAAACACGUAGAACUGGGUCACAAUUCAUCUGUGUGUGGUUUUUAAAUGUUACUUUCAAAAUCAUAAAAAUGAAUUUUAUUUUGUGCUCUUAUGGUAUGAAUGUAAUUUUAGUUUUUAAUAGCCACAGUCAUGUAUGGUGUUGAUUUUCCCAGCUGAGCAAUUGUGUAUGUGUGCAUAAAACUGUUCCGUAUUUUGGAUUACUAGUAGCCAUAAAUCAGAUCUCAUCUUUAUGUAUAAAAGCCCCAUUAUGUAAUGUAAAAUGUAUAAUAUUGUACAUAAUACUCAGAAUACAAUUAUUUUGGUAAAUUAGUUUGUAUUUUAAUGUCCCAGUUGCAGUAUUUAAUUAUUUGAAACAUAUUGAACCUAGGGUAUUAACCAAUAAAGAUAUAAAAAGUGAGGGGUAAGUCUUUUAAAGCAUAUAAUUUCUUAGUGGUUUGUGAGCUACAGUUUUUCUUUAUAAGAAGAAUAUAAAUUAAUGAAUUAUUAAAUGCCUUUGCCAAACUGC